AUGCACGCCCCGCCCACCGGAUUAUCUUAUACCAUCUAUUACACUGCACUUGCCGUCAUCGCUGUUCCAGGAGAACAAUUCCGGGCUUUGAAGACCCCGAGUGUCGACUUGCCAGAAUGUGCCAAAAGAACAGCGAAUUUAGUGACGGUCGGGAUCCUGUCUCGCGGGAAAUGCGGCCUCUCCAGAUGCAUCACUCUGUACUUGGUAUCGAUGUCGGUGACGGACUUCCUUGUCAUCGUCACCGCCGUGAUAAUAAACCGGAUAUGUCGAAUUUAUUUCCCAGGCAGUUUCCUGGACAUCACCCCAGUCUGUAGUUUCACCAACGCGUUCACCUCUGCUGCCAGACUCACUUCCGUCUGGUUAACGGUGACUUUCACCUUUGACCGAUUUGUAGCUAUUUCUUGUCAGAAGCUAAAAGCCAAUUACUGCACAGAGAAAACGGCAACUGUGGUGAUAGGAACCGUGUGCGCGAUCGGAUGUUUGAUCAAUAUCCCUUGGUAUUUUGUACACGAGCCGAUCUAUGUAAUUGACGGCAUUCCGUGGUAUUGCAGACUGCGGGAGAUCCGCCACACUUCGCCUGCAUGGAUAACAUUUGUCUGGUUUGACAGAAUUGCGACCCCAUGUGUCCCGUUUCUCCUGAUUUUGCUGCUCAACGCACUGACGGUCAGACAAAUUCUGGUGGCCAGCAGAGCCCGUAAAAGACUCCGGGCCGAGAGCAACGUCGAGAAUCAGAACGACGCGGAGAUGGAGAGCCGAAGGAAAUCCAUAAUUUUACUCUUUGCCAUCUCCUGGAGUUUCAUCCUCUUGUGGAUGGCGUAUGUUGUGCAGUUCCUGUAUGUCCGCAUCGCAAGCAACUACAAGAUACAAAAUAACGACCCCAUAUUUAUUCUCCGGGAAGCCGGAAACAUGCUUCAACUUCUGAGUUCUUGCACCAACACGUUCAUCUACACAGCGAUCCAGAGCAAAUUUAGAGCAGAGUUCAAUAAGUUGGCCAGAUAUCCGUUCACAAUGUUCAGCAAAUUAAUUUCAAAAUCAAGAAACUAA